UCUGCAUUUUUUGUUUUUAUAGGAAAUGGAGGAAUCUGACGAGGGGAGGGACGCAGAUGAUGUUGAGAUCUCAGAAGUAGAAAAAAGGGACCCCAAUGAGCUAGUUGCUCUAUUCUCCGAGAAGGUGAGGAACAUGUCACCUGAUGAGAUCAGGAUCCCCCCCGAGCCCCCGGGAUGCUGCUCGAUCCAUCUACAGGAAAAGAUCCACAAGCUGUACGAGAGGAAGCUCCAUGGAGAUUUUGACACAAACAGCCACAUCCAGAAAAAGAAAGAGUUUAGAAACCCAAGCAUUUAUGAGAAGCUAAUUCAGUUCUGCAGUAUAGAUGAACUGGGAACUAACUAUCCAAAAGAUAUGUUUGAUCCUCAUGGCUGGUCAGAGGACUCUUACUAUGAAGCUCUAGCCAAAGCCCAGAAAGUGGAGAUGGACAAACUGGAGAAAGCCAAGAAGGAGAGGACCAAGAUUGAGUUUGUCACAGGGACUAAGAAGGGCACCAACCCCUCCAGCACAGCAUCCUCCACCAGCAGCAACACCACCACCACCACAGCCACAGCAGAGGCCCAGAAGAGGAAAAGCAAGUGGGACUCUGCAAUCCCUGUGACCCUGGCCCAGCCCACCCUCAUCACUACGAGCGCCACCCUGCCUGCUGUCGUCUCCGUGACAACUACCGCCAGUGGCACCAAGACCACUGUCAUCUCUGCAGUGGGCACCAUCCUAAAGAAGUCAAAGCAGUGAUUUGUUUGGUGUUUGUCUAGAAGAGUGUGUGAUGAGAAGCAAUGACUGACAUGAAGCUGGAAGACCUGUGUUUCCUGUGCUCAUUAUCUAUGUGGAAAGAAGGACAAUGAACUGAUGGACACUCAGUGUACUUCUUUUGUGUUUUAGAACCAACCUACAAAUACCCUUUUGCUACAUACGGACUAAUCUAAGGUUUCACUGAGUUUUAUCUCUGGGAUUGUAUCGGCACUAUUGCAUCCUAAAGCCAAAUUCAGUUUGUUGAAAAUACUCAUAGACCCUCUAAAAAUCAGAAAGUAUGUCUUUCAUUCAUCUUUUUAUAUGUUGGCAAUAGUUGUUAGUUUAAAACAGCUGAAGAAAACCAGAGCAUGACAAUGUUUGUGUAAGGAAAGGGGUCCCAAACAGACCUGGUAGAAAUAUCUGAAAAAGUGUUUCUAUCACACAAAUGUGUGUUUUCGAUCCAAUGUUUUUUUUCAUUCCCUCUAGCAGUUUUGUGUUAUAGCUCGACAUGUGCAUCUUUUUUUUUUUUUCUCCAGCAUUGUUUUUUUCUUUCAUCAUUGGAAUAAGGCUAUUAAGUAAGUAAGGUUUUUUUUUUUUUUACAUUUGUACAUAUGUAUUGAUGAUAAGGUAAAUAAAUGGAUCAGAUGUUG